UUUGGGACAUAUUUUUUGAUCUGAAAUCUCAAAGCAGCAUUUUUCUUCUUCCCCCUGUAAUUUGAAUUUCCAUGAAACAGGAACUCUUGAUUCUGCUCAAAGUUGAAAAUUUUUUGCCCAUUUCUGAUCUUUAGGUUGCUGAAGGAUUUCUAUUCUCUCUUGCAAACUUUUUGUUCUUAGUUUUGAAGGUUUAUAGUCAUGAGCCUGCCUGUUACUUAUUGGGUAUGGGAAUCCAAUCUGUGGUUUAUGGUGAUUUUACUGUCUGACUGUAUAUAUUAGAAGGGAAAAUCCACAGUGCAAGGAGGCUGCAGUAAAAGCUGUAAAUUUGAGUUUUGGAAACACUCAAGGUGUGGUAGAAAUGGAAAAGGAUCAAUUUUUUUGUGGGCCUGCACUGUUGAAACUGUUCUUAUCAUGAGGCCGUUGGUGACUGGGAUUUUGUUUUUGUUAGAAUUGGUAAUGGCAGUAUGAGUGCUCUUGUGUAUUCAUCAUAGGCUUUCUGGGUUUUUCUUCUUUGUUUGAUUCUCUCCAUGGUCUCUUUCACGUUUCACAAUCCAAAAACCCUAAUUACCAUUCUACUGCUGUAUUUACCAUCACCAUAAAAUUAUUCUUUUUUCCCUUUUCAAAAACUGCCAUUUAUUACAUCUCUGAAUUUAUUAUAGCUUUCAGAUAUUUCUCAUGGUCUAACUGAUACUUAUUGCCUUUUCAUUCAUCAAUAGGUCAGCAAUUCACAAGAUUCCAAUUUUUUAAUUGUGGAGCAAAUCACCAUUGAAAUCUUCAUAUAAUUUUUAUUGGAGGUGAUCUCUGGUUCAGCUACCUUGGCGUUUUCUCAGUUUUGCUUACUUCUAUGGUCUGAGCUGACACAUCUGCUUCCCAUUAUUUAGCCUACCAUAAAAAAAGUUGUUGUUGAUACGCACUUCUGAAAUAAUUUGGAUCCAAUUUCCAAGUAUAAUUCUAGAAAAUACAUAGUUUUGAAAAUAGUUUAGCAUCAAUUUUUUCAGCAGUUUGGCAGAUUCCUUUUUCUCUUCUUCCUGUGGAUAAUAUACUGGUUAGCUGAUAUAAAGAAAGCUAGAUGACUGUGGAUGAAGAGGGUAGUAGCUCCUUGUGGACACGAGAGCAGGAUAAAGCAUUUGAGAAUGCAUUGGCAACUCAUCCUGAGGAUGCUUCAGAUUGGUGGGAGAAGAUUGCUGCUGAUGUACCAGGAAAAACCCUAGAGGAAGUUAAACAUCACUAUGAGCUCUUGGCUGAAGAUGUUAAACAGAUCGAAUCCGGCUGUGUGCCUCUACCAUGCUACAAUUCUUCUUCAGAGGGUUCAACGAGUCAUGCCGGUGAUGAAGGAACUGGUAAGAAGGGUGGACAUACUGGGAAUUAUAGCAGUGAGUCUAAUCAUGGAAGUAAGACUUCAAGGUCAGAUCAGGAACGCCGGAAAGGGAUUGCUUGGACAGAGGAUGAGCACAGGUUAUUUCUUCUUGGUUUGGAUAAAUAUGGGAAAGGCGAUUGGCGAAGUAUAUCUCGAAACUUUGUUGUGACAAGAACACCUACACAAGUGGCAAGCCAUGCACAAAAGUACUUCAUCCGUUUGAAUUCAAUGAACAAAGAUAGGAGGCGAUCAAGCAUUCAUGAUAUCACCAGUGUGGGCAACACAGACAUUUCGGGAGCUCAAGGGCCAAUCACUGGUCAAGCAAAUGGUUCUGCCGGAGGAUCUGCAAGCAAAUCAACCAAGCAACCCCCACAACCUCCAGCUGGUCCUCCUGGAGUUGGAAUGUAUGGAGCCCCCACUAUAGGACAACCAGUAGGGGGACCGCUUGUCUCAGCAGUUGGCACCCCAGUAAAUCUUCCUUCGGCUCCACACAUAGCAUAUGGUGUCAGAGCACCUGUGGCUGGAGCCAUGGUUCCUGGUGCACCAAUGAACAUGGGUCCCAUGCCAUACCCCAUGCCACAUACAACUACUCACAGGUAAUAUGCUUGUUUAAUUGCAACAUGUACAAAAAGGACAGAAACUAUGUAGCUUUUGUGGUUUUGUAUGGAUCAUUGGAGAUCCCUUAGAAUAUUUUGCAAGCAAGUUUAAUAUGCACCACAGUCAUUUGUCUAAAUCUCGUAUCAAAUAAGCCAUUAUUGGUUUUGGGGGGGGAGGGAGGAAGAAUUACAUGAAUCUGUAUAGCCAAUUGUGAAAGAGGUGGUGGCAAUAUUUAUGAUCAGGACGGACAAGUAUUUUGUUGCAUAUAAAUGAAAAUAAUUAGUGUUAAAGCAAAUAGUUAGUGCCCAAAAAGUAGUUUUAUGGCUUAGUUGUAAAGGACCGUCGCAUAUUAUACUGUCUUCGGUAGCAUAUUCAAGCCACUACAUAGGCUUGCUAUUUAUUCAUUGGAAUUGUUUUCCUUUUCUCU